AUGCCUCGAAAGCGUAAGUCUAAUCUUUCCCAAAGCUCUAAUAAAGCUCGAACUAUGAAAUUAGCUAGACUUAAAGAGACAUUUCCACAAGCCGAACUGCGAAGGCUUAAACAGGCAAAGCGUCAGGCAACUCAUAGAGCUGCUGAGACACCAGAGCUGUCCCAAGAUAGGCGUCGACAGCAAGCUGAGUAUCUAGCAUCUCAACGGGCUGCAAAGACACCCGAACAGUCUCAACUCUCAAGCUCGGCGUCUUCAGCACUUCAGCAGGCGAAUUACAAAGCGUCUCAAAUAGUUACAGAAACCGUUAAAGCUGCUGACACACUGUUGCCGGAAGGGCACAAUGGCGACGACUAA